CCAUGGACCAGUACUCAUCGUCUUUGGUCGAUACUUCUUUAGAUCUCACUAUCGGUAUUACUCGUAUGCGAGUUGAAGAAGAUUCCACGACAAGUGCAUUGGUGGACGAAUUAAAACGAGUGAAUGCUGAGAACAAGAAGCUCUCGGAGAUGCUAACUUUGAUGUGUGACAACUACAACGUCUUAAGGAAACAGCUGAUGGAAUAUGUUAACAAGAACAACAACACGGCCGAGAGAGACGACCAAACCAGUCCUCCCAAGAAACGCAAAUCUCCUGCGAGAGAUGAAGCAAUUAGUUCAGCGGUUAUUGGUGGAGUGUCGGAGAGCAGCUCUACGGAUCAAGAUGAUCAGUAUCUGUGUAAGAAGCAGAGAGAAGAGACUGUUGUGAAGGAGAAAGUCUCAAGGGUUUAUUACAAGACCGAAGCUUCUGACACUACUCUUGUAGUGAAAGAUGGGUAUCAAUGGAGGAAAUAUGGACAGAAAGUGACAAGAGACAACCCCUCUCCAAGAGCUUACUUCAAAUGUGCUUGUGCUCCAAGCUGUUCUGUCAAAAAGAAGGUUCAGAGAAGUGUGGAGGAUCAGUCCGUGUUGGUAGCUACUUAUGAGGGUGAACAUAACCAUCCAAUGCCAUCACAGAUGGAUUCAAACAAUGGCUUAAACCGUUACGUUUCUCUUGGUGGUCCGGUUGCACCAGCUGCUGCUGCCAAUGGAAGUUGUAGCUUGGCUAAGCCUGUUGAUUUGACUGAAUCCAAGAAAGUGAGGAGCCCAUCAAGAAUCGAAUUUCCAGAAGUACAGAAGCUUUUGGUGGAGCAAAUGGCUUCUUCCUUGACAAAAGAUCCUAACUUCACAGCAGCAUUAGCAGCAGCUGUUACCGGGAGAUUGUAUCAACAGAAUCAAACCGAGAAAUAGUUUAGUUUCCAAUUAUGUUAGUGUUCUUAGAUUGAGUUUGGCAUAUGAGAGA